CCCGUUGACAUUUGCGGACUUCCAAUGGAUGCCCCUUCCCCCGUCCGGUCGAUUGCUGAAACCGCAUUGCAACGUGCUUAUGGCACAAUUGCGGGACUACUUGCACACUGCAGUACCAUCUCCGUUGAUGGACGCCGGAGUAGAGGUUGUCGACCUUCACGACUACGUUGCGAAGAUCGACCGCGAGUUCAAGACACAAUGGUACGACAACAUCGACGCGCCAUUGUUAUACAUACGCAUUCAGAUCGAAGAGGCGACCUGCAACUCUUUGAUCUAUUGCGGAGCUACUCGCAACUACAUGAGCCAAGACUUUAUGGUACACGCUGGCCUUGGGCCACACGUUCGGAGGAAGUCUCAGCCCACGCAAGUCACGUUGGCCGACGGUCACACGCACAAGUCAAUCGACAGGUGCAUUGAUGUCGUCCCCGUGUACUUUGCCCCGCAUGCAAGCGAGGUCGUGCCCUUCAAUAUUUUGGACACCAAGUUCGAGAUGAUCUUGGGCAUGUCAUGGCUGCGAAGCGAGGAUCACCCGGUGAACUUCUACCGCCGCACCGUUCACGUUAGUGAUCGAAACGGAGUACUAGUCCCAUGCACGGUGCCUCCUCCUCACCCUUCGAUCAGCUGCCACGUGGUAUCCGCCGCAAGCAUUCGAGGUUCCAUCACGAGAGAUGGCAUCGAGGAGAUGGGGGUGUGUUUUCUCCAUGCCCUCCCGCCCCAUGACAUUCCAUCAACGGACUCAUUAUCGGACCCACGCAUCACCGAGCCUCUCGACGCCUACGACGAUGUGUUCGAAGCCCCGUACGGAGUAGUGCCGGAUCGACCCAUCCGCCACGAGAUCAUCCUCGAGGCCGGGGCCGUACCUCCGCAUGGUUGCAUCUACCGCAUGAGUGAGAAAGAGUUAAGUGUGCUACGGGCACAACUCGACGACCUUCUUGAGAAAGGCUGGAUUCGGCCUAGCUCCUCGCCAUACGGCGCUCCCGUUCUCUUCGUCCGAAAGAAGAACAAGGACUUGCGGCUGUGCAUCGAUUAUCGCAAGCUCAACGCGCAAACCGUCAAGAACGCCGACCCUCUUCCGCGCAUCGACGACCUCCUCGAAUGGUUGGGCGGCGCCAAGUUCUUCUCCAAGCUUGACCUCAAAUCGGGAUAUCACCAUCUCGAGAUCCGACAGGAGGACCGCUACAAGACCGUGUUUAAAACCAGAAGUUUGGACGAACAUGUGGAGCACCUGCACACCGUUUUGGAGCGGCUACGACAAGCCAAGUACAAAGCCAACUGCGACAAAUGUGAAUUCGCGCGGCAAGAGCUCGAGUACUUGGGACAUUAUGUGACGCCGCAAGGCAUCCGUCCGCUUGCGGACAAGAUCGAGGCCAUCCGCAUAUGGCCCGAGCCCACCAACACCACGGACGUUCGCUCAUUCAUGGGGUUGGCGGGCUACUAUCAACGCUUCAUCACCGGGUACUCAAGGAUUGCCGCACCUAUGACGAGAUUACAAUCGCCAAAGGUGCCAUUCGUAUUCGAUGACGACGCACGCCGGUCAUUCCAAGCACUCAAGACGGCCAUGCUCAUGGCACCCGUCCUUAGCAUCUAUGACCCCACCCUGCCAACGAGAGUGACAACUGACGCUUUCGGCUAUGGCAUUGGGGCAGUCUUGGAACAACACGACAGCGACGACUGGCACCCCGUGGAGUAUUUCAGCCACAAAGUGCCUCCCAUCAAUUCACUUGAUGAUGAAAGGAAGAAGGAGCUGCUCGCGUUCGUGAUGGCUCCCAAGCGACGACGACACUUCCUCCUUGGGCGUCGUAGGUUCACAUGGGUCACGGACAACAACCCGUUGACCUACUACAAGAUGCAGGAUACGGUGAGCAGCACGAUCGGACGAUGGAUGUACUUCAUCGACCAAUUUGACUUCACACCAAAACAUCUCGUCGGCCUCUCCAAUCUCGCAACAGAUGCACUCUUACGAAGACCCGAUCUUUGCCUUCAGAUGCACUCUCACACCGAAACAUCUGCACUCUCACACCGAAACAUCUCGCCGGCCUCUCCAAUCGCGCAACAGAUGACACAUCAUGCCUUCACGUUCGAUGAGGAACUCCAGCGACACUUCAUCCGGGGCUAUGAGUCCAAUCCGGAUUUCGCCACGUUGUAUGCGCAACUAUCUUUGGAUCACCUGCCGGCCAGCCACUAUCGCAUCGUCGACGGGUACUUGCUCCUCCACUCGCGAGGCAAGGACUUAUUAUGUGUCCCACGAGACCGUCGUCUUCGGACUCGCCUUCUCGGCAAGUACCAUGGCUCGCAACUCGCCCGCCAUUUCGGAAUCAAUCGCUCUAUUGCACGACUUCGGGAACGAUUCCGAUGGCCCGACCUCAUUACCGAUGUCACUCGGUAUUGCGACUCUUGUGAAGUUUGCCGACGAAGCAAGCCCUGCAACUGCAAUCCCUAUGGCGAGUUGCGCCCGAUGCCUAUCCCACGGGAACCCAGCCUCUCCAUUGCCAUGGACGUCACCGGACCAUUUCCCCGCGACCGCCUCGGGCACGACGACAUCCUCACGGUCGUUGACCGUUUGAGCAAGUAUACGUGGUUUCUCCCUUGCAAGUACUACAUCACGGCUCCCGAACUUGCGCGCCUCUUGCACACCGGAUGGAUUUGCAGCCACGGCGUACCGGAAGACAUCGUCAGCGACCGCGACACUCGCUUCAUGUCGGCAUUUUGGACUUCUCUCAUGCAGGAAUCCGACACGAAGAUGAAACCAAGUUCGGCUCCGCAUCCACAAACGGACGGGCAAAUGGAGCGGGCACAUCAAACCGCUCAAAUGAUGCUUCAUACGCUCAUCGGUCAGGAUCAGAAAGAUUGGGUUGACCGCCUCCCCGAUAUCGAGUUCGCCUACAACACUUCGUUGCAUCCGGCGAUCGGUGUGACUCCAUUCGAGUUGCACCACGGUGGCCGGAAAGGCCGACAUAGACGCUGCUUGCUCCCCCGCUUCCGUUCGGAAGUACAGGGAAUUGUUGGCUCAAGCCCGCGCGAACAUGCAAAAGGCUCAAGUUCGCAUGCAGCAGCAAGCCAACAGACCUCGCUCGCCAUGUCCCAUCCGCGCCUGUGAUCUGGUUUGGGUCUCCGCGGAGGAGUUUGCACUCGAGCAGGAUGUUUGCGCAAACUACUCCCCAAGUGGUUUGGACCAUGGCCCGUAACAUCAGCCGCGGGCGAUGAGCCCGAUGGCCCCUCAUUUGUGAUCAACAUCCCCCCGCAUCUGGCGGUCCAUCCAGUUUUUCACGCCUCAAAGCUCGCAACAUAUACACCAGCUAAGAGCGACGACUUCCCGGGCCGACGAUCGCAAGAUCCUCCAUCUAUGCAUGGUCAUCAGGAAGUUGACCGUGUCAUCAUGGAUCGCAAGUACGGCAGCAAGCCUCG